UCACUGAUGUUCAUUUUCUUUAUUUCGCUUUUUUAUUUUUUUACAAGCUGAAUCUGAUGCUCAGAAAGUGAGCUCUCUCCAACUGCCAAGAUGGUAAUAAACGUCUGUCUCCCACAGUUCAAGCCAAGAAUUCACUGCAACAAGAUUUCUGCUGAUGGUUACGAAGUGGAGAAUCUGAUCUCCGAAGACCUUGCCAGGAGAAAUCGUGGUUUCCGCAGUGAAUACUUUAUCAAACCUCCAGUCCACGUCACGAUCUCUUUUCCCUUCAACAUUGAGAUCUGCAGGAUCAAUAUCGACAUCUCAUCUGGGGGAUACCAAACCUUCUCCGGGCUCGAAGUUUACACUUCUACCUCAUGCAAUAAAACCUCUUGGCAGAGCCCCGAGGGUCAGUUCUCAGGUCUGGCCGGUCAGCCUGUGUCGGACAAAGACACUUUCACACUGGUGGGCAAAGCUGUCUUAAAAAAUCAAAGCAAAGUGACGUUCGGCCACAGGGGCUUCAAGCCGAGGCCUCCCUUCCAUCAGAUGGAAAAUGUCUUCUCCUACCCCGGCUCUGCAUCUCAAGACCUCUGGAACAAAGGGCCUGCCUCACUGAGCAACGUGUCGCACUUGAAAAUCUGCAUCACCCACGUGGCUGGAGGCGGCCUGCCUUGCAUUAAGAGGCUGGAGGUGUGGGGACAGCCUGCCAAAUCGUGCCCGCAGGAGGUGAUCGAGGGUGUCUUUCAGGUGGCCUCCCAGUUCUUCGCCCAGGACGUCGGCAGCCUCAAGCCAGAGCUCUGGACGCCGAUGGAGAGCGACUGCGUGCCCUUCAGUGCCAACGACAGCGAGCAGCAGACCCUCCGCAAGCUGGUGGACGUUGUCCAAGACAUCCCCGAAGAAUUCCUGGACCCCAUCACUCUGGAGAUCAUGACCUUCCCCAUGCUCCUGCCCUCUGGGAAGGUGAUCGACCAGACCACCUUGGAAAAAUGCAACCGGAGUGAGGCGUCUUGGGGCAGGGUACCCAGCGAUCCUUUCACUGGGGUGGCCUUCAGCCAGCACUCGCAGCCCCUACCUCACCCUACCCUCAAGGCCAGGAUAGACCACUUCCUCUUGCAGCACAGCAUCCCUGGCACAAACCUGCUCGGGAGGGCUCACGCCUCGGAAAUGCUCGUACCUUCUUCCAUCACAAUGUCUUCUCUGAAAAGGAAAAUGGACUGUAUGGAUCAGAGCUCCGUGCAGCCACCUUAUUUUUCUUCUACAAACUUACUUGUCACGUCUACCUCAGAGAACAGUGCUAAAAAAAUGAAAACUGACAAUGACUCGCAUUUGAUCCAAAUGGACUGUUCGACAGAUCUGGUCUCUCACGAGCAAAAACUGUCGGAGAGUUUGGACACUGCCUUGAACUCGGCGCUCAGCUCGAUGCCCUCGUUUACGGCCAAGCUGAUGAAAAGCCAGCAGCAGGCGCAGAGCGAGGGAGGCUGCAGCAGCUCGUGGGGCACGGGCACGAUCCUCGAGCACGGCAGGAGCGGCCAGACCCAAGGAUGCGCUUCCUGCGGCAAAACCUUCUCCUCUUAUUUCAAAACGGAGCCCGUUUACCAGCUUCCCUGUGGCCACCUCACAUGUCGCCCGUGCGUGGCCGAGAAGCAGAAGUCUCUCUCGUCGAUACUGUGUGGGAGUUGUAAGAGGUCGGCUGCCACGCACGACGUCAGGAGGGUUCACUUCUGA